AUGUCCCACGUCGAGGGGAACGCGUGGGCUCAAAUGAAGGCCAAAGAAGCACACCGACAACUUGAUCCAGGAAAAGGCAAGUCUCUCUCUCAUCAAGUGUUUCGAGAUACUUCUAAACAGACCACCCCCCGCAAGUUCUCAGGACUAGACUACGACGCUGAACUAGCCCUCCCCAUGCCUAAACCGCGUCACGUUCGUCCAUCAAACGAGAGGUCACCUUCUGCAUCAAAGCCAAAGGUCUUAACCAAGCCUAAUGUCACGAAGAAGCGAUCUACCACCGAACCAACGAGAUCGUCUGAAAGCAGCACAGCUGCGAGUGAGUCUACAAACGCCCAGAAGAAGAAAUCAAAGGUUGCAGCCCUCAGAUCGAAAUUUAGUCUCAAAGACAUUGGCAAGGAGUUCCGGAGAGACAUUCCGCCUCUCAGCAGCAUGCCUAAACUGGGUGGUGUGGGACAGAGUCACAAAGGCAAGCGGUCUUCUGAUCUUGACAACCAAUCUGAAUCCCAGCACCCUCAUAACUUUAAUGAGGAGCGGCUGUAUAUUCCGAAGUCAAGAGAGGAAGGGGAUGCCCCUCCGCACUCUGCUCCGCUGUUUCAGACCUUUUCCACUCUUUGUCGCUCGGUGGGCUUAGACAAGGCGUCUCGCACUAGCGGCGUGUCUUCUUCCUCUUUGCAUACCCCGACGAAGCUGAGCAGUGAUGGGAACGCAGAGGGGAAGUUCAAGCAUGCAUCUGUUCAUAAUACGGACUUGGGUCCCAGUGCAACCAACCAGCAUCUGGAGACGCUUUUGCUGGAUGGCUCGUCUCCUCCCGCUCGUGCAGGCGAGUGCAGCAAUGCCGGAAUCCCCGAGGUCAUCCAGGUUCAGUCAAGAGUCUGCAGCCUGGAAGCGCAAAAUGAGUCUGAUGUGCCCGAGACACCAAAGACUCCACCGCCCCUUCCUCUGCCGCCUAUUGAUCAAGCAGCCUACUCGCCGUCUAUCUACGAUACUCCACAGAAGGUGAGCGGGAAGACAUCGGAAUCCUCGCCGCAGGGGAAAAAUGACGGGAACCAGAUGAGGCAGAUGCCGCUCAUCGUGUCUUCGACUAAUCCUACGGGAGGAUCGAAAGAGAACAAGGCAGGAGAGAGUCGUUUCCCGCCGCAAUAUGGAAUUGCUCCGUCUGUUCCCACCAAAUCGAGGGCUCGACAGGAACAUAUCCAGGAUGAUGGCCAAAACCACAACCCCUUCAACGAAAAUAAUUUCUUUGCUGGAGUGACCGGCUAUGGAGGGUAUGCGCCUCCCCCUUCACAUCCCGGGUAUCAGAACACAGUGACGUUGGAGCAGCAGCUCACAACUCAUGUGGACUCGAUUCAUUACCAUGUCGACACGGUUGUCAAUAAGCUCUCGAGAACGUUUGAGGAUAGCAAUAACUGGACGAUGGAUCAAAUCUUGAGGCAGGUGGAUGCCGUGUCUGAUAUCGCCCGACUGAUCAAUUCUCGGACCGUUGUGCAGGCAGAACAUGUGAAGGGACUGCAACGGCUCAUGAUGGAUGUCCGCAUGCAGCUCAACCUCUUCCAGCAGGAAGCACGCCAGUCGGAAGAUCGACUGAAGGGCUUCGUUCAGCAAGAGAUGGCCAAGCUGAGAGGGGAGCUGGGGGAGUUCCUGCAGUCCUCUUCUGGGGGUUCUUCUAGGGGUUCUUCUAGGGCUUUGGCUAGAGAGAACCAAGGAUACCACGAGAUCCCAAAGACAGCCCGAGAAGGCAAUAAAAAGAUUCAAAACAAGAGACAGCCACGCCAAAUCAAAAGGGAUGACUUUGUGGUGAAUAAAAGCACAGAAAGCCACCAACAAGCAGCAGCGGUGGGCGGCCCCAGUCAAGAACCAAGCUCUACUAGAUCAAAUGUUUUGUCCACCAGGAACCAAGUCAUUGAGGAGCAAGGUUCUAGUGAGAAUAUCCCAACACCGACUGCAGCCUACCGCACUCCUUCAACAGACAAUCAAAACGACAUCAUUACCCCCGUCCCCCAUCAAGCCAUGCACAACCCCCCCGGCGAAGAGUCCUUGGGAAGCCCCGAAUCCAAAGCCGCUAAGUUGCGGGCCCAGGAGAUCGCUACGCAGGAGAAGGAGAAGAAAAGACAGAGCCUGGAGCACACAUGGCCCCUAAACCGUGAGUCUGAGAACAAACCCAGCAGUGCGUUUAGCGAAGAUUUGAAAACCCCCCAGAAGAAAGGCAGCAUGUUUAGUUUCCGCCGUCGACGUGAUGGUGACAAUCAUUCGGGAAGUAGAUUUCUUCGCACUCCGCGCCGCAAUAAAGACGGCAAGGCCGGCGGCGAACAAGGCCAAAGUCCUGGUCUCGCAGUACCGGUCUAUUCGAAAGCGCUCGCUACGACCUCUGACUCUGCCCCCGCUCCUGAUACGGCCAGUCAAGCCGGUGCAGAUCCCCAGCUCAGCAAACCACAAAACAACAGCCCGAGCAUGAUCCAUCCUGCGCUGCGAAACACGCAGCAGAAACAGAUCAUGCUGGACCGCGAGCAAGCAAGACGGUAUCCCCAGUCCCGCCACGGAACCGGACACACCCUGCGCGUCUCGCAGUCCCUCCAAACCUUUGGGCCAACUUUGAAACUCCCUUCUUCUUCUUCCCCUCCGCCGUUCAUGCCCUACGACGCAUGCCGAUACCCAAGUCACCGGUCUGGGUCACCAGCUUCGUCGACAUAUCGGAACGCGAUGCAUCACCACCAGCCCGGGACCAUGGGUUACCCGCACCACUUGCAUCCAACUCCCCAUUCGCAAGCAAACCCUCCUCCACCUCUAGCUCCAGCCAUACCAGGUCCAGGCCCAGCCCAGAGCCAAGGAAACCUGAUCCUGCCUCUUCCUCUUCCUCCUCCAAGCAGUGGCCUCCCCAUACUCCCACGUCAAGGCCCUGCACCCGUGCCAUUUGCCGUCCCCGUCCCGGGCCCAACCAGAUCACCACCGGGCGCCUCACACACGCAUAUGCCUCCACCUCCACCCGCAUGCACUCCAUUCGCAAGAGGCGACUGUUAUUACGGCUCAUACGUGUACGAAAACGGCACCAUUGUCGCGAGCAGACAUGCGCAUCCAGCUGCGAAUGGAAAUGCAAACACAGCCGCAGAUCCAGAGACGCCCGACUGACUCCAUUAACGCCACUCAGGAAGCUGUCAACUAACUGGUGGAACCGCGGUUCCAAUCAUGCUGUCGAAGAAAAAGCAGCCAAGACCCCCCCCCUGUUGGAUCGAUCUCCUUGGGUUUGUUUUUGGUUGCUUGUGUGGUAGGUACCGAGUUAUGUUGUGUUGGUUGUGUUGUGUGGAUGGUAUUUGCAUUGCAUUUAUUUAGCUAUCCUUCCUUAUUCUAUACACCCAGUGCCCAGCAGGUGGGGUUUGGCACGCUUGGUUUGGUAGGAUGGAAGUGAAGGGAUUGCUUUGACUGGAUGUUGUUGGUGGUCUGUGUGGUUGGUAUCUAUGCGGAUUUCCCUUUUUUUUUUUUUUUUUUUUU